AACCCCGGAGCAAUGUCCCAGCGUGGUUUCACUCCUCGCAGAGUCCUACAAUCCUCAUGUGAGGUACGGGGCUGCCAUGGCCCUCGGCAUCGCCUGUGCUGGCACCGGUCUUAAGGAAGCCAUAGCACUGUUGGAUCCGAUGACCAAUGACCCAGUUAACUUCGUUCGCCAGGGUGCGCUGAUAGCAUCUGCCAUGAUCCUUAUACAGCAGACAGAACACACUUGUCCAAAGGUAAAAGACUUCCGUGCAUUGUAUGCUAAGGUGAUUGUAGAUAAACAUGAAGAUGUGAUGGCCAAAUUUGGUGCCAUCCUAGCACAGGGAAUUAUUGAUGCAGGUGGUCGUAAUGUAACAGUGUCUCUGCAGUCACGUACAGGCCACACAAACAUGCUUGCAGUGGUGGGAGUUUUGGUGUUCACCCAGUACUGGUACUGGUUCCCUCUGGCACACUGCCUCGCUCUGGCUUUCACACCAACCUGCCUGAUUGCCCUUAACGCACAGCUCAAGAUGCCGAAAAUCGAGUUCCGUUCAAAUGCUCGCCCCUCAAUGUUUGCAUAUCCUCCCCCGCUUGAGGAAAAGAAACGAGAGGAAAGAGAGAAAGUAACAACAGCUGUUUUGAGUAUUGCAGCCAGGGCUCGUCGUCGAGAAGCUGGGCGCAUAGAGGCCGGACGGUCGCAGCGUGACUCUGAUAAGAUGGAUGUGGAUGAAGAGAAGGAUGAAGGAAAGGAAAAGAAGGAUGAAAAGAAAGAAAAGGAAGAAAAAAAGGAGAAGGAUAAAGAUGAGAAGAGAGCUGGAUCAGUUGAGAAGAAAGCAACAGCAGGCACCAAGGAAGAAGAUGCUAAGAAAGAGCCAGAACCAAACUUUGAGAUCUUGAGCAACCCAGCUCGCAUCAUGAAGCCACAGUUGAAGGUUCUACAGCAGGUUGAUGGCAGUAGCUAUGCUCCUCUCAAGGAUCUGACCAUUGGAGGAAUCAUUAUGGUUCGUCACGUUAAACCAGGGGCUGCUGAGGAGCUAGUAGAGCCUGUAGCCGCAUUUGGACCAAAGCCAGAUGAAGAUAAGGAGCCGGAACCACCCGAGCCGUUUGAAUACACUGAGGACUAAUUCAGUCACUUCCAGCUGGACAUGCACAUGUAGUACUUAUAACUGCAAAUUAAAUGUUGAUGUCAAUGUGAAUUGCUGCUUUAUGUAAAGAAUUAUAUAUACAUGAGUUUCGGCAUUGUACCGAUAUUUAUUUGUACGUGUCAGUGUUAGUUCGUAGUUGUUAAACCUUCUAUCCAGCAUUUGAUCUUAAACCUUCUGUUCAACAUUUAAUCUAUUAUAAACUUCUGUUAGCAUGUUCGAUUGACAAGCGUAAAUAAAGAUACAUUAUGAGCAAGGCAGAAGAAACUUGUUAUACUUAAAUACUUCGCACCCUCUU